UGCGCAUCCCCGCCUCCUCCUCCCCGCACAUCCUUCCCGGGCCUCCAGCUACUGGUGGGAAACAAUUUCUGGCCUCCGGGUCCACGCGGCGAGGGAGCUGCGGGUGAGCCCCGGAGGAACCUAAAUUGGUAGUAAAUCAAUAAGAAAUGUUUACAUUCACUCAGUGAAAAAAUAUGUCUAAGCUCAACAUAUAUUGGAGCCACACAUGGACAUCACAUCCUCAUCCACUAAGAGCAGAAAAUGAACGAAUCUCAGAAAAAGAAUAUACCGUUACAGGAACAAGUGUCAUUCAAAGAUGUAUGCGUGGACUUCACUCAGGAAGAGUGGUAUAUGUUGGAUCCUACUCAGAAGAUACUAUACAGAAAUGUGAUGCUAGAAAAUUAUAGCCACCUUGUCUCAAUAGGGUGUUGCACUAUUAAGCCAGAAGUGAUCAUCAAGAUAGAGCAAAAGGAAGAGCCCUGGAUAUUAGAGCAAGGAUUCCCAAGCCAGUGCCACCCAGAAGACUGGAAAGUUGAUGACCUGAUAGAGAGCAGCCAGGAAAAUCAAGAUGAACAUUUUUGGCAACUUGCUUUCACCACCAACAGAACAUUAAGCAUAGAUGGUGGUGAUAGAGUAAGGAAAACUUUCAGUCUGGGUACAGACUGUGUUCCUUCAAGAAAUUUUCCUUAUAAGAUAUGUGACUCAUGUGAAAUGAGUUUGAGGAAUAUUUCAGGCUUAAUUACUAAUAGAAAGAACUAUUCUGGAAAGAAGCCUGAUGAAUUUAAUAUAUAUGAGAAAUUGCUCCUGGAUAUUAGGCAUGAAAAAACUACUGGAGGGAAAUCUUAUAAAUAUAAUCAAAAAAGGAAUAUCCUCAGUCAUAGCCAGGAUCUCACUCAGCUAAUUUUUGACCAGCCUUUUGAUUAUAAUGAAAAUGGACAAGGCUUCCAUGAAGAGGCACCCUCUUUCACAAACAAGAGAGCUCAGAUAGGAGAGACACUCUGUAAAUAUGAUGUAUGUCAAAGAACCUUCAUUCAAAGUUUAAAGCUCAAUUUAUCUCAGAGAACUCAUUUGGAAAUGGAGCCAUAUGAAUGCAGUAUUUGUGGGAAGUCCUUCUAUAUGGAUUUAAGAUUCGGACAUCAGAGGGCUCUUACAGGAGAGAAUCCUUAUGAAUAUAAUGAAUAUGGGCAAAUUUUCUGUGACAGUUCAACUUUCAUUAUCCAUCAUGGAACUUAUACAGGAAAGAUACCCCAUGAAUAUAAAGUAAGUCACAAAACGUGGGAAAAAUCAGGCCUCUUUAAACAUCAGAUAGUACAUAUGGGGGAAAAACCUUGUGAGCACAAGGAAAAUGGAAAUAAUUUCAACAAGAAGUCACAUCUCACCCAACCUCGAAGAGCUCAUUCAGGAGAAAAAACCUUUGAAUGUGCUGAAUGUGGGAAAACAUUCUGGGAGAAGUCAAACCUCACUCAGCAUCAGAGAACUCACACAGGAGAGAAACCCUAUGAAUGUACUGAAUGUGGAAAAUCUUUUUGUCAGAAACCACACCUCACCAACCAUCAACGAACACAUACAGGAGAAAAGCCCUAUGAAUGUAAGCAAUGUGGAAAAACAUUCUGCGUGAAGUCAAACCUCACUGAACAUCAGAGAACACACACAGGAGAGAAACCCUAUGAAUGUAAUGCAUGUGGAAAAUCCUUCUGCCACAGGUCAGCCCUAACUGUACAUCAGAGAACACACACAGGAGAAAAACCCUUUAUAUGUAAUGAAUGUGGGAAAUCCUUCUGUGUUAAGUCAAACCUCAUUGUACAUCAAAGAACUCACACAGGAGAGAAACCCUAUAAAUGUAAUGAAUGUGGAAAAACCUUCUGUGAGAAAUCAGCUCUCACUAAACAUCAGAGAACUCACACAGGGGAGAAACCCUAUGAGUGUAAUGGAUGUGGGAAAACCUUUAGUCAGAGGUCAGUACUCACUAAACAUCAGAGAAUUCACACAAGGGUGAAAGCUCUUUCAGCAUCCUGAAAGUUCAGAAACCUUCAUCCACCCUUUUAAAUUCCUUAUAGUUUUUUUUUUUAAACAAGAUAAACCCAAAGAAUGUCACAAAGUACUAAAAAAUGACAUUUUAUUUUACUUCAGAUAAUUAAUAGUAGAAUAAAACCUUAUCGAUGUUUUAAAUAUGUGAAAGCUUUUAAGAAAAAUUAAAAAUUUUCAUCAGAAAACUUGUACUGAUGGGAAAUUUAUUCAUUUAAGUAAUAUGGUAAAAAUCUUCAUUGAGAAAUUGUGUAGUGUCAUAUUCCAGAGGUGAUACCAAAUUUUAUUGUAAAUGUAAUGGGCGAUAUUCAUUUAUACCAAUAUUUACAGUGUAAUUUGAAGCCAAAAAAAUUGAAUGACAACAUUAAACAUUUCUGUGAAGAGUC